AUGGGUGCUCAGAAUUCGAGCACAGGAAGUCUCGAGAAGAUACCCGAGUCGUAUGAUCCUUCGUCACCUGCCGACUUUUACGGUCUCUUCAUCGAUGCAGGCAAGCCUUCCAAAGAUGAAGAAGCAAAGAUCAAGUCUCUUAGGCAAAGAGUACUGGACACGAAGGAAGUUUUCCUCAAGCAAGGUCACAUACUAUGGGCUAUCCGCUCAAAAGUAAGUGGUGGAGAUAGCGCCAUUGCAUAUGAACUACUGGUGGCUCUGUCCAAUGCAUCGGAAGGUAUCUUGACCCCCUUUGACCCAAACACCAGAUUGACGGGUGCUGUGAAUCGCCACGCCGUGACGUGCUACCUGGACUCUACGCUCUUCUCGAUCUUCUCACGUCUCGAUAGCUUUGAAGCCAUGCUCUAUAAUUCCGUCGAGGAUGUGCAGAAGCAGAAGCUUUCCUUCUUGUUGAGGCUAUGGGUUAACCUACUGAGAUCAGGCGUACUCAUCACAACUGACAUAACAAAAGAGAUCCAAGAGUGUCUGGCGAAAUGUGGUUGGGAGGAUGCUCGAGAGUUGCAUCAGCAGGACGCGUCUGAAGCCUUCACUUUCAUCACGGAGCAGCUAAAUCUACCCUUGCUAACACUGCAGAUGUCGAUACAUCAUGCCGGUAAACAUGACUCAGAUGAUAAGAAAUACGUGAACGAACGACUAUUGGAGGUUGCUAUACCAACACUAGAGAACGGCGAAUACCCCAAAGAAAUCAAGCUUGAAGACUGCUUGGAGGAAUACUUUAACAACCGCAUAGAAGUCAAACGCUAUCUACAAAGAAGGAACACAUUACAGUCUACAAACUCAAUCGAUUCAAAGGCUAAAGAGGCCGGCAUAUCUGUUCAUGUCGAAACGGUUGAACUCGAUGGCGACGCACCUACACCUUUGACGCCACUUUCGCCCAUGCCUCCCGCCCUACCUACCAGGCCUGCCAAUAGACAUCGAGCCUCCAGCCUCAUUCAAGAACGUUUUGUGCCAGAGAAGACACAGCUGUCAGGAUCACCAAUGGAUGACACAAGAUCGGCUAUUGGACGACUGAGACAAGGUAGCAUAAGAAAAGAGGUUCAGAUCCCAGCAUGGCAGGCUUACAGUCUGAUACCCUGGUAUACCAACGUUGCACCAUCAACCGAUGCACAAGUUGCGGCGCACUUCUCUUCGAAGAGACCUGUACUAGGUUUGUGCCUGAAGCGAUACUCUUUCACAAGUGCAGGCGAGGCCGUAAGAUUAGACACAUAUGUCGAUAUUCCUAUUGAGAUUGGACUCCCUUAUUUUAUCCAUGACGACAACAUGGAUGAAGACGGACCUCUCUACGGCAACUUCAAGCUCUCCUUGCAGUCAGUCGUUUGCCACCGAGGCAUUUCUGUUGAUUCUGGCCAUUACGUCUCCCUGGUUCGGAGCACUGCAAACAUGAAAGGCAGUGAGGGGGAGACGUCUCAAUGGCUCCGGUUUGAUGACCUCGCACCGAACAGGGUAAGCUCGGUCGAUAUCUACCAAGCACUAAAGAACGAAACACCAUACCUCUUGUUUUACCAGAUCCUUCCCGUAGACGGCGACCCUGGUAAUCUCACGGCAGGCGAGAUAUCCUCGCCUGGUCUAGAAACAGUCAAAGAGGUCGAUACAGCCACAUCAAGCAGCGCUCCGCCUGCUAUUGGGCCUAUUAGAGCAGUGGAUGGGACCAACGAGCAAGCAGCUUCGAGUCGACCUACUUCAGCUGCUAGCUCAAGCGAAACUCCAAGAGGUAGGACACCCGACUUCGAUGCCAGUCGCAGACCAAGUGCCAUAUCUUUCGUUGAUUACUUACCACGAUCUUCUCGAAAGUCACUUGAGCUUACUCAAGAACAAGGUGCAAUCAUGGAGCACAAGAAGAGUGGCUCGUUCAACAACGGCCUCACGAAGACGUGGUCCAAGCUUGGUAUGCGUACAUCCAGGAAGAACAGCAAAGAGGAUGUCGCUGUGGAAGAGAAGUCCGAAAGAAGUCAGAGCGGACCACAGAUACAAGUUGAGCGAGUCAGUACCAUAACCCCACCUGAAGAGACGAUUCAGGACAGGACAAGAAACAAAAGUGAGCCUGGCUUGACCAGCACAGCGCCGCCGGAGGUUGGCCAUGGUGCCAUAGCGACAGAUCUGGGCCGAUCACGCAGUAAACGUGACAAGAGUAGGGGUAGAAGGCUCAAGGUUGGAAAAGGCAAGCCGGAUGAGCAAGACCGCGAGUGCACUGUGAUGUGA